CGAUUUUCUGUUAGCGUGACAGCUGGCACAAGAAACCAGGCUGCAAGGAUCCAGCUUUCAUCACGUCUGCGACAUCUCUCAUCCAAAAUGUUGAAUAUGUGUGUUGAUGUGCUUCCAGCUGUUUGUGGGAAUCGUAGUCUGGACCAGAGGUCCCUCCCUGUGAGCUCACCUCGAUUUUAAUUAGACGGGAUUUGCCAAUUAACCGGAGAUCACACGCUCUGUUAGCCUUUUAAAAGCGGACGGAGACCGGCUUUCUGCAGGAUCUGUACGGAGACUCUCUGAAGUUUGACAGGGUUUCUGAGCACCCAGCGAGGAUGUCUUCAGCUGUGCUUUGUGCUUCUAUUUUGCUGGUUUGUGCGUUUUCACGUUGUGCUGCUCAGGUAAGCUGCAGUGGCCGAUGCGGUGCUGAAUACUACAGGGGUUACAUGUGCCAGUGUGAUUAUGGUUGCCUCCAACACGAAGAGUGCUGCAAAGACUUUGAGUCCCAGUGCACUACCGGAGACUCAUGUAAAGGGCGGUGUGGCGAGUUCUUCAGAAGAGGCAGGCUGUGCAACUGUGACCCGGACUGUGGGAAGUUCAACCAAUGCUGCCCGGACUACAAGUCCCACUGCGACGCAGAAGAAACAAUCAAAGGACCAGCCAGUAUAACAACACCGGUGAGGACUAGCUCAUGUGAUAGAGUAAACAAUAAUAAACCCAAAGAACCUGUUAUAAAGGAACCAGUUGAGUCAAGUUCGACAUUCGUUGACGACGACGACAGCAAAGAUGACCAAUUCGAUCCAAAAUAUGUAGAAACACAAGAUCCACAAGAUGAUUUCGAUCUGUAUGACCAGACUUUUCCAAACCUCCCUGAUGAUUCCUCUUCCGAGACUGGACAGGACUACCUGGAGGAGAUACCUACCCCAGACACCACCAGUGGUUAUGAGCCCAUGUCAACGAAGCUGCUCGAGGUUGUACCCACUGACCCCACCAAGCCAAAUGCUCAGGACUACCCUGACACAGAGCUGAUACCGGAGGAUACAACCACAAUCUCUCCUGAGUUAGAGGAGGCAACUACACAACCCUCCGAUGAUAAGCCCAACAAAGAUAAUGCCAGCAUCUCCCCACCCAGCCCUACCAAUGAAGAAGUCCCUACUGACAGUGCAGAGUCCGAUCCCACCAGCCAAUCUGAAACAGGAACAGCUCUCCCUCUGUCCACGCCCACCACCGCAGAUGACGCCCAAGAACUCCAGUCAGGAGCGCCGACUGAAGGCGGCGAGGUGCUUCCUGACAGACCUACUCCAGGACCGCAGGAUGAGUACACCUCCCCUCCUCAGCUAGAGGUCUUACCUUCUCAUCCAGACCCUGACCAGGCAUCCAGCUCAGACAUGAGCCAAAGCCCAGCCACAACCCCAGCUUUCAUUGCGGUCACAAACACGGCUUCAGAGACCACAGCAACCACGAACGGCGCCUUCUCAGAGCCAGCCACCACCACCCCGUUUCCAGUCACCUCCGCCUCAAUGACAUAUGACCACGCCCCAGUAACCACGAUCUCCUCCCUCUCAGACCCAGAGUCUGAAAGUGGUCUCGGAGGAGUUACCCCAGAGAGCUGGACUGAGCCUGGACCUCAAGAUGAUGCCCAGACCACCGUUACCCCCUCACCCAAAGACUCAGCGCAGGAUUCUCUUACAACAGCAGGGACAACUGCUGAUUGGACUAAAGUCACUCCAGCUCUAACCGAGGCCUCAUCGUCUAAGCCUGACUCAAAACCCCUGCCUGAUCCCAGCCCAACCAAGCCAUCCUCAAUUAAGCCGAGUCUGACCAAACCCACCCCUAAGCCCCCGGCCAAGCCUAUUGACACCGCACAAACUCCGAAUAUAGACAAUACCAGAGACUACCAAGCAGAUGACAGCAACGAUACUGAUCUCUGCAGUGGGAGGCCAACCAGUGCAGUCACCACGCUCAAGAACGGCACUAUGGUGGUUUUCCGAGGACACUACUUCUGGACACUGGACAGAAACAGGGUGCCAGGCCCUGCCCGUGGCAUCACACAAACGUGGGGUAUCCCUUCUCCCAUUGACACCGUCUUCACCCGCUGCAACUGCCAGGGCAAAACGUACAUCCUCAAGGGAGCACAGUAUUGGAGGUUUGACAACGAUGUCUUGGACCCCGGCUACCCCAACCUCCUCGUGAACGGCUUCGAUGGGCUGCGGGGUCAAAUCACAGCUGCCCUCUCCGUGCCUCAGUACAAGCAAAGGAGAGAGUCCGUCUACUUCUUCAAGAGAGGGGGACUGGUCCAGAAAUAUUCGUACAAGUUUGGCACCAGUCCAUCAUGUGGCAGGAAAGUCCAGCAUACCGUACACACUUCACACAGCCGGAUGACCCGCCAAACAGUGUCUUCUCUAGAACCAGCCAUUAACAUCCAUACGUCCUGGAGAAGAGUCCCCUCAACCAUCACAUCGGCUGUCUCCGCCCCCAGCCGCAGGGUGCCAGAGGGCUACAAGUACUACGUCUUCUCAAGAUCCAACUACUACAGCGUCAAGAUGAAUGGGGAACGUCCUGUUGUUGGUUACCCUCAAGCCAUCACAACACCCUUGAAGAACUCAUCCAAAGACUUCUUCAAAUGCCCAAAGAAGGUCUGACAGGGCACCACCAAAAAGCUAAUACACUGCCUCUCAAACAGAAACUUUAUUCAGAUUGCAAACUUUACUACAUUUAUUCAUAAAACAGUGAUUCAGCAUGGACUGUUUACAAAAGGUACUUCACAAGUACUAAAAAAACAAGCUUUAGAGUAAGUGAACAAAAUCGUGACUUAAGAUACAGAACUUGAAAAUGUACACAGACUUUGGCAUACUGUGUUUAAAAUGUCAGGAACGGCAUCAAGAUCUUGAAUCACGGUCGACAUGCUGGAUGAGUUCAUUAUCUGGCAAAUCGCCUCCCUUGCAUACCUCGUGAAGGAAAUGCCUGCCCUAGUUGCAAAAUGAAAUAUGUUAGAUGAAGUCUAUACGAUGUAAAAAUGAAUGUAUUAAAUGUGCAAUGCAACAUUUUUAUCAACACAUUAAAAUCUAUAGAUAAUA